AUGUCUUCUGACGAGGAGGAUUCCGAUUGCCCUUUGUGUAUGGAGGAAUUGGAUAUUGCUGACCGUAAUUUCAGACCUUGUCCUUGCGGCUAUCAGAUCUGCCGCUUCUGUUGGCAUCACAUCAAAACCAACUUGAAUGGGCGUUGUCCAGCUUGUCGAAGACUGUACAGCGAUCAAAUUGUCGAGUUCGUUCCCGUGAGCGCAGAGGAAAUCAUGCGUUUGAAGAAGGAAAAGAAGGAAAAGGACCGUCAAACACGAGAUAUGCGAGACCCUAGCAGACGCCAGUUGUCCAAUGUCAGAGUUGUGCAGAAGAAUCUUGUUUACGUGCUUGGUCUAAGUUCAAAACACGCUAGUGUUGAGAACGAGUUUUUCAAAAAGUAUGGUCGCAUUGAAAAAGUGGUAAUAAGCAAGCGUUCUGCCCCUUCAACUGGUUCUAGCUCAUCUGUGGGAAUCUAUGUCACGUUUGCUCGAAAGGAGGAUGCUGGAAAAGCAAUUGAAGGUAUCAAUGGUAUGGAGGUGGAUGGUAAAACCGUAAGAGCUUCGUACGGCACUACAAAGUACUGCACCUACUAUUUGAGACAUAUGGUGUGUCCCAAUCCUAAUUGCAUGUACCUUCACGAACCCGGGGAUGAUGUGGAUAGUUAUAGCAAGGACACGGUCGCAAUUGGUAAACACGCCAAUACAGCCUCUACCUCUACUACAACAUCUGCAUAUCCCAACAAGCGACCUGCUACAGCAACCAAACCUACGACAGCCACAGCCACCGUAGCUCCUGCCGCUACUCCGGAAGCAAAGCCUGCUACUGUACCUCGUACAUGGGCUCCCAUACCCAAGGUUGUUCCUAUUCCUCCUGUUGUCAUUCCAAAAGAAGAACCUAUCGCACCCCCUCCCCCCUCUCCCCCAUUUCAAGAGAUCAAAUCUUCUUCAUCCACCAAGCACUCUAAACCAGCUGCCAGCUCAUCGUCAUCUACAUCUGCUGCAGCCAAGGUAAAUGCGACUCCCAAGGUUCACAAAAAACCAGCGGCUUCUGAGAAGCAUACCAAGAAACUGACGAUACCUUUGGUACCUGAGGAGGAUGAAAAGCCUGCACUUCCUGCUACUGCUUCUUGGGCCAAGGCCCAGCCCGUCGUAAACCAUGAGAGUGUUAUCACACCCGCCAAUUUCGGUCCUUCUUUGUCUGAUGCUUUGAAUGCACCUCAAAAACCCAAGCAUUCUCCCUCGCUCAAGGUCAAGAAGGAAAAGAAGAGCAAAGGUAAGAUGGUGCGUCUGGAGGAAUUUGAAGAGGCUGAGAGAGAGGCCAAAAUGGCUGCGAGCAGGCCCAAGGUGGUUCCUAAACCGGAGGCCGCUCCCAUCGCUUCCCAUGCUGCCGCUCAAUCUCCUGCCCCAGCCAUUGUGCCUGUUGUGCCCAAAUCUCCAUCGACUGCCAAACAAGAAUCUGUUACUCCUGGCGACACCGAAGAAACUCAAGAGCCUACUGCUCAACGUAAGUUGCCUUUGGAAGAGACAAAAGUUCAUGGACAAGGUUCUUCCACCGGUGAUAAAGAAAAAGAAUUGCAGCAAGUCCCAUCUGAAAGUAUCGUCGAGACACCUGCUUUGGAUGAAGCUAUGCCUGAAAUGCUGGAGAUCAAGGGACAAAACACUGCUCCAUCAGGUGAAGAACAAUCGCAAUUACAGGAAGAGGAUAUUCCCAUGGAAUUGGAAGCAACCCCGCCUCAAACUGCUGACGAGGAUGAUGUAGUUACUAGCAAGGAAGAGGAGACUUCUCAAGAUCAGGCUCAUACUGAGACUCAAGAUGAAGCGCCUUUAGAAGAAAAUGACGAAAAAAUGGAGAACUUGGCCUCAUUAAAUGACACGAUUAUUAAAGCAUUUGAUGAUGCUGCUGCUGCUGCCGCCGACGAAUCAUCUGAGAAGGUUCAAUCUGACGAAACUCAACAAGAGCUCAAAGAUGCAGAUACUGAUGUGUCUCGGCCUGAAAUGGAGGAACAAAAAUUGGUUCAAAAUAUCUCAUCACCUUUGGCAGCUAUGGACAGGCUAUCUGCUCUAGUUCAGCAAGAGAUUAUGGUGGAUUCGCCCGAGCAACCCUCGCGUAAUGUACUGCAACAGCCUCAGCAACAACAAAUGCAGCCACCUCAACCUCAACAGCCUCAUCCUGGUAUGAACAGAUUUGACCUGGGCAUGCCUAUGCAACCGGAGAACCGUCGUAUGGCACCACCUGGUCUCAGCGGACCUCCUCCUCCACCCCCUGAAUGGAUGAACCGUAGUUUCGAUCCAUUCAACGGUCAAGACCCUUCUCUUAUUGCUGCUCGUCGUUUACAGCACUCUCAACGUAUGCUAGAAGCAAGUGGUUUGUUUGCAAGUGGUGGGUUUGGUCAUCCUCCAGUUCCUCGCUUUGGAUUUUCUCCUGAUUUUAACCGUGGUCCCAAUGGAUUUAUGCCUCAUCAAGCCCCACCUCCACCUCCUAUGGGUAUGUUCCCUCCACCGCCUCAUCCUAUGAUGCGACAUGCUCCUCCACCUCCACCUGAAAUGAUGAAUUUGCAAUCGCCCUUUGGUCCACCUCCACAAUUGCAACAGCAGCAGCAUGUGGAAGAACUUAGAAAUGAGUUUAAUGGACUGAAUAUGAAUGGUACUGAUGAACAUCAUCAACAAUCACGUGACGAUCUUCGAGCUCUUUUGCCCAAUGUUAAGAUCAGCUUCAAUAAUCUUCAAGAAAAGAGACGAGCCGAAGAGUUCUAUCAACAGCAGCUCAUCAUGCAGCGUCAGCAACAGCUGCAGCAGCAACAACAACAAAUGCAACAACAGCAAAUGCAACAGCAGCAACAGCAGCACCUGCAACAAUUGCAGCAACAGCAUAUUCAACAAUCGCAACUGUAUCAACAAGAGCCAAGAAUGUCAGAGCAAGAGCAGAUACCCACUCGUUUGGACAACAGUGACCCUAAUAUAACAAACAGCUCUUCAAGACAUGCCUCCUUCACCGAGGCUUCUUCGCCCUCUGUGCAAUCAGCGCAGGAAAAGGUGCUAUUGAGAUCACCUAUGAAUCAGCAAUGGCAGCCAGAUCAGCUCUCUGAAAUGGUAGAAAAGAAGAACAAUCCUGAUGUCCGUGUUGAAGCGCAAAACUUCUUUGGUGAAUUCCUUCGUAAAGCAGCAUCGUCUACUCAGCAGCAAGAAAUGUCUCCCAAGCGAGAUGAACCUUCUCUUCAACCUGCUGCAGCUACUUCAUUGUCCUUCCAAGACCCUGCUAUCAUGUCUGUUCGUCUCGUCAACAAUGAAAUGUCUAGUAGCGACAUUGUGCGUUCUCAGAAUACCAUUCUGCAAAUUCUAGGUGGACAGGCACCACCACCACCACCGCCACCUGCCUCCAUGAUGACACUUGAAAAGCAACAACAAAUGCAUCAACAGCAGCAGUUCCAUCAACAGCAACAGCAGCAACAGAGACAGAUGGAUCCUCGAUUUGCUAUGGAACAGCAAGGAAGAAUGAUGCACCAGGACCGUCCAUUCAAUGAUAUGGCACCCAAAAGCUUCAAUGGCAUGUUUAUGGGCCACCAUCCUCCUCCACAUCCUUCUCAACAGCAGCAACAGCAACAGCAGCAACCAUUAUUUCAUCAACAGGGGCAUCCUCCUCCCUCUCCAUCCAAUUUCAUGAACAGCUUCAGAGAGGCGCCUCCUCCAAUGGGUAGUAUGAUGAACCGUAUGCCACCUCCUCCUGGUAUGAUGCGAUCGCCCAUGCCACCUCUUGGAGACAUGAGAUUUAGAGGCAUGAAUGGACAGCACCCACCUCCUCCUCCUGGCAUGUUUUCUAAUGUACCCACAAAUGAAGAUCAUCCAUAA